AUGACCGUCAACGGUUCUGAAGUGGGGACUAAGCGUGCUGGGAAACUGUCAUUGAUCAGUGGUCGUGUUCUUUUCUACUCCGCAUUGUUUGUGGUGUUCUUUGUUCUGCAAUACACUGUUACUACCCUUUGGAGUUCGUAUUCCAGUGCUAUAUUAGACGCUCAGUAUUCCCAGCUUUCCAAGCAAGUGCUAAUAAAAUAUGAUAGCCUUACUAAACGAUACAUGGUGGACGGGUCCAAGUUAUCUUCAUACACCUUUAAAGAUAAUGUAUUGCAGGAGGAUAUCAAUACAAGCGAUUAUUAUAUUAGAGAAAAUGCUACAUUACUGAUGCUGGUGCGGAAUUGGGAACUCGCCGGUGCGCUGCAUUCGAUGAGAUCGCUGGAGGAUAGGUUUAAUAGAAAUUACCACUAUGACUGGGUGUUUAUGAACGAUGUGCCCUUCACAGACGAAUUCAUAGAAGCUACAUCUGCGAUGGCAAGUGGUAACGCUUAUCAUGUCCUGAUACCAUCGAGCGACUGGGAUACCCCGGAGUGGAUCGACAAAGAUUUGUAUGAGAAAAGGCUAGAAGUUAUGAAUCAAACAAACGUGCUUUACGGUGGUUCAAAGUCCUAUAGAAACAUGUGCAGAUUCAAUUCAGGAUUUUUCUUCCGACAGGAAAUCUUGUCGAACUAUGACUAUUAUUUCAGGGUGGAGCCUGAGGUCGAAUACUUUUGCGAUUUCCCUUAUGACCCAUUCAAAGUGAUGAGGGAAGGAGGGAAAAAUAAUGGAUUCGUCAUUACGCUACGGGAGUACGAGGAAACCAUUCCUAGUUUAUGGGAGUUCGUUGAGGAGUAUAUUGAUAUCGAUGAUGGUCGGGACAUCCAUAUGGAUUCGAAUUCGCAUAAGUUCAUUACAGAUGAUGAUAUAGUGGGGAAUAAUAAAGCCAUUUAUGUUUCCAACAACGCUUACAACAUGUGUCACUUCUGGACCAACUUUGAAAUCGGGGACCUAAAUUUUUUCAGGAGUGAUGAGUACAUCAGGUUUUUCGAGUUUCUUGACAGCAAGGGAGGAUUCUACUAUGAGCGUUGGGGAGAUGCCCCAAUUCACUCGAUCGCAGCGUCACUUCUUCUGGAUAAAGACGAGGUCGUUCAUUUUGAUGAGCUGGGUUACAAACACGACCCGUAUUACACAUGCCCAUCAGCAUACUACAUGUUCCUGAAACAGCGUUGCCAAUGUAAUGCGUCCAGUGAGACCAAUUUAGACCUGCAUACGCUAAGUUGUUUGAGAAGGUGGUGGAAGCACGGCAGCGGUAAAAAUUUCAUGAGGUUCACAACUAGCUAG